AUGCAAGCAGCAGAGCAGACCCUGGCCAUGGCUGGACCCCCAGCCCCACUCCUUCUCUGGGGUCUCCAGCCUUCGGCGGGCCAUGCCCUGCUCCAGGACCGGGCCAGGGGGCUCGCCAACGCCACCUCCCCAACGCCUUCUGCAGAGCCACCGGGCAUGUCCCCAUGUCCCCCGCGGGGCCGGCAGCUGGGGUCUGGGGGCCGGCGGGGUGGUGGGGCUGAGCCAGGGCGGUGCGGGGGGCCGGGGGGCCCGCGGCAGAGUGCCAGCGAGCGAGAGAAGCUGCGGAUGCGCCGGCUGGCACAGGCGCUGCUGCGGCUGCGGCACUACCUGCCACCCGCGCUGGCACCCGCCGGGCAGACCCUCACCAAGAUCGAGACCCUGCGCCUCGCCAUCCGCUACAUCGCCCACCUCUCAGCCCUGCUGGGGCUCAGCGAGGAGGUGCUGGCCCGGCGGCGGGGGGCAGCCCCCCGGCACUGCCCCCUCUGCCCCCAGGGCCUGGGGUGCUGCCAGCCCCCAGCCCCCCACCUGCACACACCAGCCCCGGCCCUGCGGGAUGCUUCGCCCCCCGGCACUGUGGGCUGGGGGUCACCUGCCACGGUGGGGACCCCCCUGGAGCUGCAUGGGGCUCCCGGCAUGGAGCCAGGGCCCUGGGGGUCACCUCCCUGUGGCCCUGCUGCGGGGACCCCCCCUGAGGUGCUUGGAGUUCCCGAGGUGGGGAUGGAGGCCUGGGGGUUGCCCCCCUACAUCCCUGCAACAGGGACCCCCCCGCAGCUGCACAGGACCCCUGGCUCCAUCUCAAGGUCCUGGUCAUCAGCGCUUUGCAGCCUUGGAGCGGUGACCCCCCUGGAGCCACCCUGGCGAUGCUCCACAGCCACAGGCACUGGGACGGCUUCCUCCUGCUGCUUGGAGCCUGCAGCCCCCCACCAGCCUCCCGGGGCAGGACUGACGGACACAGGGCACCCUGGGACCCCUGCGCAUGGCUCCCAGCUGCCUGCGCACUGCCAGCCCCCACCCCGUGCCCACCGUGGGGUCCCAUCCACAGCCGCUAGUGAAAGCUGA